AUGAUCGUUUCCCUCCACCCGCUCGCCGCCAUCAUCUCAUGUCAUAAAAUCCAAACCCCCUCCCGUUUCCCCAAACCCGCGCACAAUUCCAAUCUCCCCGCCUCCCCCCUCCGGAUCCAGUCCUCCGCCGCUGACGCCAACCAUCCAUGGACCGCCGCCUCCGCUCCCCGGCGCGCCGCCCCGCGGCGGCGCCAGCGCCAGCAGCUCGCGGGCAGCGGCGGCGGCAGCCCGCACCGCUUCCUCCGCCCGGGCGCGCUCGCGCGGCUCCGCGACUCCAGGGUCCUGGCGCGCUCCCUCCGCUGCGCCGCGCGGGCGCGGCCGCCGCUCCCGCCGCCCUCCUCCUCGCCUCCCCGCUCGCCCGCGCCGCCCGCGGCCGCCGCCUGGGACGGCGUGCCGUGCUUCCUCGGGCCGGCCGCGAGGGGGAUGCGCUACCCGCUGCGGAAGAAGCUCGCCGCCGCCCGGGCCGUGGUGUUCCUGCCCCCGCCGGAGGUCGCGGAGGCGCUCGUGGAAGCGUUCGCGCCGCCGGCGGCGUCGCCGGACGUGGUCGCCGCGCACUGA